AGCCCAAUCGAACGCUUUAUUAUAUUUUCACAAGUUUUCUCCGAAAAGAAGUAACUUAGUUCAUUCUAAAUGAUAAAGAAACCAUUCUAGUAUUGCCUUGCGAGUUCUACAAUUGUUGACUUGUAAAUUUGAAGUGUUAGUAGGAUAAACGUAAUAGUCGGAAUGAAGUACCCUACAUCGCCAACCCCUACGGCUAACCAUCACUAUCCAAACUAUCCGAGGAGUACGUCUCCGUUGCCGGCGCCUGCCAACUACCAGCCGACCGUGGCCAGCGCCGCGGUCAAACGCUACAAAUACUUGAGACGGCUGUUUAAAUUCAACCAAAUGGAUUUCGAAUUUGCAGCCUGGCAAAUGGUGUACUUGUUUAUUGCACCUCAGAAGGUCUUUAGGAACUUUAAUUAUAGAAAACAUACAAAGUCACAGUUUGCAAGAGAUGAUCCCGCGUUUUUAGUUCUGCUCAGCGUAUGGUUGUUUGCGUCAUCCGUGUGCUUCGCAUUGGCGAUGGGCCUGGGAUGGGGCAAGGUGUUGCUGUUCGUACUGUUUGUAGUGUUUGUCGACUUCAUCGGCGCGGGAAUCCUCGUCUCCACAUUGUUUUGGGUGGUUAGCAAUAAGUACCUGCGUCGUGAUGUGGACGGACCAGACGUGGAGUGGGGCUACGCGUUCGAUGUCCACAUCAACGCGUUCUUUCCGCCCCUCAGCCUGCUGCACUGCUUUCAAAUACUACUUUUCAACAAUUUGCUAGUCCAUGGAGGGUUUCUCUCGUGUCUGGUGUCGAAUACGUUCUGGCUGGCGUCUAUCGUUUAUUAUCUAUACAUCACAUUCCUUGGAUACAGCAAUCUGCCGACUCUUCACAACACGCGAAUAUUCCUGCUGCCGCUGCCGGUGCUAUUCAUCGCGUACCUCGGCUCGUUGCUGGCCGGCUGGAACUUGAGCCACAUGCUGAUGGAUUUCUACCAUCACAGAGUCCUAUAGCCCUAUAACUAUUAUAUAUAUAUAAUAAUAACUCGCCCCAUUGUCAUGUUAUUUUAAAGGUUUUAAUAAUAAAACUGCCUACAGUUAAACAAUUAUAGUGUUACGUUAAACAGAUACGCAUCUACGAGUAAGUGAAGCUAUGAUGUCCAUGAAAAAAUAUACACUAAAAAUUACGUAAUUAGGAAAAGCAAUUUUUAUAUGAAAAUCUUGACAUGAAGCGUAAUGUCAUGUCACAUUUCAUAGAAACAGCAUUUCGACACAAUAUGCUUAGGCAGUAACUUGUAUUAUUCAUAAUUGGAAUAU